AGAAAAGAACCCUACAGUACUAUUCUCUCUCUCUCUCUCUCUCUCUUGCGCUCUCUAUCUCUCAGAAAGUUCAAUCUUUGAAUCGUGUCUCAUUCUUCUCCCAGAAGUCAUGACCGAUCAAUCCAUUCAAAUCAAAAUGCUGGCUGAAAAAUUCCACCGCUUCGUUCUUGACUGCGAACUGAAGCAGCAACCGCCAAUCGCUCAUCACCCAGAUGAUGAAUCAAAGCAAGUAAACGAGAACUCCGACUCCAUGGAUGAAAACAGCAUGUCCAAUGGAAUUCAUGAAGCUUCUCCUGAUAAUGGUCACACACUUCCCAUAUUGAGGAAAAUAAUUGAUCUGAGUAUGAAAUUUCAGGAUUUGAAGAAGCAGCAUAUCGCCUUGUCUGAUGAAGUGAAACUCAGUGCCGAAUCUUUUCCCGGCACUGAUGUUUUGAAGUCCGUGCAGCUUCUCGGUGAUGAAUAUGAACUCUUGAAAAGAAAGUACCUGGAGGAGUCCUCAGAGCGUAGGCGGCUUUACAAUGAAGUAAUAGAACUCAAGGGAAACAUCAGAGUUUUCUGCAGAUGCAGACCAUUAAAUGAGAGUGAAAUUUCUAAUGGGACUGCAUCUGUUGUCAAUUUUGAGUCGUCUUUAGAUAAUGAGCUUCAAGUUAUUUGCUCAGAUUCUUCUAAGAAGCAAUUUAAAUUUGAUCAUGUAUUUGGGCCGGAAGCUAACCAAGAAGCUGUUUUUCAGCAGACCAAACCCAUUGUUACAUCAGUAUUGGAUGGGUAUAACGUCUGCAUAUUUGCCUAUGGACAAACUGGAACUGGGAAAACGUUUACAAUGGAGGGAACACCAGAACACAGGGGAGUUAACUACAGAACCCUGGAAGAACUGUUUCGGAUAACUGAAGAGAGACAUGGCACAAUGAAGUAUGAAUUGUCUGUUAGCAUGCUGGAGGUCUACAAUGAGAAGAUAAGAGAUCUCUUGGUGGAAAAUUCCACCCAACCCACUAAAAAAUUGGAGAUAAAGCAAGCUGCAGAAGGAACCCAAGAAAUCCCAGGACUUGUUGAAGCUCGUGUUUAUGGAACAGAAGAUGUGUGGGGAAUGCUUAAGACUGGAAACCAAGUCAGAUCAGUUGGAUCCACAUGUGCUAAUGAGCUUAGCAGCCGUUCUCAUUGCUUGUUACGAGUAACUGUAAUGGGAGAAAACUUGGUUAAUGGCCAGAAAACAAAGAGUCACCUUUGGUUGGUAGACUUGGCUGGCAGUGAGCGUGUGGGAAAAACGGAAGCUGAGGGAGAAAGACUGAAGGAAUCUCAAUUUAUAAACAAGUCUCUUUCAGCACUCGGUGAUGUUAUUUCUGCUUUAGCUUCAAAAUCAGCCCAUGUCCCUUACAGGAAUUCAAAACUCACUCAUAUGCUGCAAAGCUCUUUAGGAGGAGACUGCAAAACACUAAUGUUUGUGCAGGUAAGUCCGAGCGCCGCAGACUUGGGAGAGACACUUUGCUCACUGAAUUUCGCCACCCGUGUCCGAGGAAUUGAGAGUGGCCCAGCGCGCAAGCAAGUAGACCACACCGAGCUGAUGAAGUACAAGCAAAUGGCAGAAAAGCUAAAACAAGACGAAAAGGAAACGAAGAAAUUACAGGAUAACUUGCAAAUCUUGCAACUCAGGCUUGCUGCAAGAGAACACCAUUGUAGAACCCUUCAGGAAAAGGUUCGGGACCUGGAGAGCCAGAUAGCAGAAGAAAGAAAAACUAGACUAAAGCAAGAAAGUAGAUCUCUUGCUGCUGUUUCAGGUCAACCUUCAUCAUCAUCACAACACACAACAUCUCAUAAGACCAUGACAGACAAGAAGCCACCACUAAAUCCUUCAAAACUGAGAAUGCCACUGAGAAGAAUAACCAAUAACUCCUUGCCUCCACGGUCUCCUUUAAGAUCAAAGAGUUACACAGCAUUCAUGAAUGGAAAGGAAAACUCUGCUAGAAGGACCUCAAUGCCAACAAAUGCUGUGAGGCCAGCCGCGCCAUCAACAACAACACAGUUCCUUCAGGCAAGGAGGCGGGUGUCCAUUGCCGUGAAACCUCCUGCAUCAUCAACAACACAGGUCUUUCAGCCAAGAAGGAGAGUCUCCAUUGCCACAUUCCGCCCUGAGACCACAUCUGACAUGACAACUCCACUCCGUAGCUCCGCAUUUCGAGUUACCAGUGGUAGCAGUCAACAGUCACUGAUAAGAAGCCAAAGGAAAGAUCGGUAUUCAAGUUUGUUUGUUCCAUUGCCAGCAUCUGUGGAGACAACACCAAUGUCUGUAAGGAGGAGUAGCAGUAAGUUUAUGAUGAGCAGUCCAACACAGGCAGAUUCGCGGGUGGGAUCCACUAGACAUCCAGCUGUUCUUGCUCUUCAACGUAAACCUUUAAUCUGGAGUCCUCUCAAGCUGAGAGGCGGCUUGAAAAAUAACAGAAAGUCAUCACUCUUGCCAUAUCGCCCAACCCAUAUGCAUUAAGCCUAUCCCUUGUUUUCUGAUUUUCUCAUACAAUGUGACAAAAUAGUGAAGUUUUGGAACUACUAAUGCCAACGUGUAUGUAUUAUGUUUUAUGAAUCGAUUUAGAUUCAACUAAUCUUUCUCAAAACAAUUAAUGGCAAAUACUCUUGUUUAUGUCGUUCCAUCACCUAGUGGGAUAAGAGUAAGACUAUGUUGUUGAACAUGUUUGAUCAAUUUUCUGAUCUCAUUUCAUUUUUAAAUGUAAAAUUCUUUUGUAUUCA